UUUUACACCGGCGAUGGUUAUUCAGCCCUUGGAGCAACACGCGGGAAUGCUUCCAGGCAUUGGGCAAUAAUGUGAAUCAUCCAUGAUGCUCGCGCAGUAGUUCGAGGCAAAGCUGGAAUGGUCAUCCUCAAUCCAGCGGCUUCAGCGGCAGCUUAUGUCGACCUCCAGUCCAGCACAUCUUGAGGUCAGCUCGCCGUCUUUAAACGCCACCUCCUCGCACGCGGCAUCGUUCGAAUCUAUCUCGAGUUCCAAUUCUCGCCUGCUUGCCCCGGGACUGCAUCCUUUGGUUGGCUUCGUUCAUUGGAUCUGUCACCGUCCAUGGGGCUGGAUUCUUUGUGGUUCUCCUGUGUUCCUGUUCACUUGUUUGCCUCCUCCUCUUUGCGCCCGCAGAUUUCUUGAGUCUUCAGAGUCUGGGCCUGCUUCCAGAUUCUUUCUCUUCAUCCUCAGCUUUGCCGCUCUAUUCAUCACACUCGCUGCGAACGCGAUCUUGAACAAGGGCCUUUUUAAGUGCAUCUGGCUUUGAAGCUCUAUUGCAAAGGUCGCCAUCGACCCCUCCUCGACCUUGUCGCAGCAGGUCGCCGAACCCGAUCGGGUCCUCCUCCUCCGACUCUCCCCUCCCGCAAACUUCCUUAGUUCCUCAUUCUCCGACAAAUUCAUUACUCACUACUGUUCCGUUUCUUCAUACUCAAAUC